CUUUUUUUUCCUGUCAUAUGACGAUUUAUUGGUUUUUUUUUAAAAAAAUAAAUUUUUUUUCUAAAAUAAAAGAAAAAAUUGGCUAAUUAAAUUUACAAAAUAUUCAAUACAAGAUUAGUAGUCCAAAACUUAUUAAUCGUAGAAAUUCAACGGAAAAGAAAUAUAUGAUCUAAAAUGGCGGACGAUGAUGAUGUAUCGGAAACUGCUAUAUAUAAGCUGGAGGGGGGAGAUCGUGCGACAAAUGGUAAAACUCACAAAGCUAUAUUUCAGACAGGAUUCGGUGGUAGUAAAGUUUACAUUCUAAAGGAAGUCCCUACACCCUUGGUUGGAAAAUACGAAGUUCAGAUCAAGGUUAAGGCUUGCGGAGUCUCUUUUCAAGAUUUGGUGAUUCAACAAGGGGCUACAGAAGGAUUGCCCAAGACCCCUUUUACCCCUGGAUUCGAAUGUUCAGGAGAUAUUGUUGCUAUGGGAGAUCAAGUAUCUGGAUUCGCUGUAGGAGAUAUGGUUAUGGUUCUAACCCAUUACCAAGCUUGGGCUGAGGUUGUAACAGUUCCAUCAGUGUACGCCUUUAAAAUGCCUAAAAAUAUGAGUUAUGAGGAAGGAGCAGCUUUCCCAUUGGCUUAUACUAUGGCGCAUCUCAUGUUAUUCCACGUGGGAAAUAUACGACAGGGUAUGAAAAUCUUUGCACAUUCUCUGGGAGGUUCUAUCGGAAUCGCUGUAGCCCAAAUAUGCAAGAAUGUUGUAGAAGAGGUAAUCUUACUUGGUACAGCAUCAGCCCACAAACACGAAAAACUCAAGGAUUUGGCUACAGUAGUCUUUGAUCUCAGCGCUGAAUACGUCUUUGAUUCCAAACAGAUGUAUCCAGAGGGUUUAGACCUCGUGCUGGAUAACAGAUAUGGCGAAGAUUUUAACAAAGGAUUCGCAUUAUUAGCACCGCUUGGAAAAUAUAUACUGUAUGGAUCUUCAUGCUUGGUGACACCUGAAGGUAAAAGUAUCUUAAACUUCGCAAAAUCCUGGUGGCACGUCGAUAAAAUUAACCCGACCAAAUUUAUGGAAGAUAAUCUGUCUCUCACGGGUAUCAACUUUAGAAAGUUAUUUUUUGCGUUUCCCGCAGAACAAGGGGAUCGACCCAUAGUGCUUUUGAGAGGUAUCAUGAAACAGCUGAUUGAAUGGUACAAUCAUCACAAGAUUAAACCGAUAAUCGAUUCUAUAUGGGCAUUUGACGAACUUCCAGAAGCGAUGCACAAAUUGCACAAUAGAAAGAAUAUAGGAACCGUUAUAUUAGAUCCCACACGCGAAAAAUUGAUCGUCGAAACGUCACAAUUGCAUCAUUCCAAGCCAGGAACUGCGGUUGAUCCAAAGAACGUGGUUGAAGGAACUGUUAUCGGGAACGUUGUAAUGGACAAUGAUUAAAACAACGAAAUAUAAUGGAAAUAAUUACCUAACAUAUUAAAGCUGACACUUCCUCCCUCUUUGUAUAUUAGUUUGUUUUUUUUUAAAUUUUAAGUAAGAAAAAAAAUGUUGAUGUUAGAAUAAUUGGUAUGGUAAUAGAGUCUUAAUUCAAAAAAUAUAUAAAUAUAUAUUUCGAGUUAUUUUUUAGUCAUCUGUCCAUCAUCUAUAAUUUUGAAUUAUUUCGAUUUUUUGUUAAAUAAAUUUAAUUUGCAAAACACAUUUUAGAUAUAUUCUUUAUCACAAUUAUUAUAAAGAAAUAUAUAAGGCACUACACUAUGCGAUGAAAGUAAAUACACUUUAUACAAAAAUAAAUUGCAAAAAUAUUUAUAUCAUAUUAUAUACAAAUUACUUGACUGAAUUUCGCACUUUUCUGUAAUGUUUACACGUCACAAUAAUUUUG